UGUUCUCCUCCUCCGCCUGCCUCACUGCUCUCUUCCUCCGCCUCCCUCACUGCUCUCUUCCUCCUCUCUUUGUCCAUCUAUGUAGCGCUUACUAUAUUCCAGAUAUUCACUGUUGAUUGAAGGUAGUUGUCAGUUUGCCGUGUGUGAGGUGGAGCAGCUAUAAUGGCAUAUUUCCUGUUUUGGUCUUUGAUGAAGCCCAAAAAAGCAGCUAUUAUAUACGCCUGGUAGAGAUGCAGGUUAUGGAAAUGAACGUCAGUGCUCCUUCUGGGUGAAAAGGGUGUGGUGAUACUCACGGUCUAACUUGUACUAGUGAGUGACCUUCACUAUAACACACAACCAUCCACUAGAUUUGGAUGCUGUUAACUUGCAGGGAUGAUCUGUCGCUAAUGACUUUCAGAGAACAAUCAAAAACAGCCCUCACUUUGUCAGGUAGUGGCACAUGUCAUUUCGUGGUUCUUUUUCAAACGGCUUAAUUUAGUUCUCUACAAGUUAAUCAACCACUAAUCAUAGUUAAUUCCUGGAACACUAGAGUAGCCUAGCUCACAAGAUGAUUGUUUGGAACAUAGUAGGCUAAUUGAAAUGCCAAUUUAAGUUAGAAUUGAAAAUUUUCCCUUAAUUUGACACCAGUACAAUAUUCCUUUGUGAGAUCUUACAAUUGUCGUUUUAUUUAUGCGCAAUUUAUUCAUUUGAUAUUUAAUUUUAAUCCCAUGUGGAUUGUGAUCAUUAGGUCAAAUUGUCACUUGUUUUUUUUCGGAAGACAUUGUGUUUCUUUGCCUUGAAGCAAGCCAUGAAUAAGCCAUAAACAUUAUACUACAUUAUAGUGGUGCAGCCUUGAAUAAGGUCCACAUAUUUUCAGGUAAUCUGUUUUGUAGCAGUGACCAAUUAGAUGAGUUUAUCAGAUGCAGGGACAGACACGAGGGCAACCUCUCACCUCCCUCCGCUCUCUCUCUCUCUUCUGCCUUAUUUUUCAUCUUUUGAAGUCUGUGGAUUUCUAUGGCAGCGAUUCUAAACCUAUUAGUUGACAUUCUUUGUUUGAUUAUCAUUAAUUAUGAAAAAGCAAAACUGAAUGCGGGAUAUAAAUACAUUUAAAAAAGCUUCAGUGGGUGUGUGGAAGUGGGGGCACAGGUUGUGUAUUGACAACACUGACGUCAAAUAAACCAAACCCAGUAUAAGUACGGGAUCUGCACAGGCAGUUGUCAGUCUCGUGUGUCAGCCAAGAGGACAACAGCUGGGAUCCUUCUGUCAUCUGUCCACUGCUGCCACCAUGCCACGCUGCGCGCUCCCUCUGUGCGUCCUCGGUCUCCUCGGUCUCCUCGCGCUCUCCUCCGCGUGCUACAUCCAGAACUGUCCUCGAGGCGGGAAACGAGCUGUCCAAGACCCGCACCUCAGACAGUGUCUGUCCUGUGGGCCUGGUGCCCAGGGCCGCUGCCUGGGCCCCAGGAUCUGCUGUGCUGAGGGGCAGGGCUGUUGGCUGGGCUCCCCUGAGACACAGGUGUGCCUGGAGGAGGACCUGCUGCCCAGCCCCUGCCAGCCGGGAGGGAGACCCUGUGGCACCCGGGAGGGGCGCUGUGCUGCCCUGGGAGUCUGCUGCAACUCAGAGAGCUGUGUAGUGGAUGCAGACUGCGUGCCAGGGAGUGAACUUCCCCCCUCCUCCUCCUCUUCCUCCUCCUCCUCCUCCUCCUCACCAGGACAGCUGCUUGUGCGCCUACUGCAUCUCACCACCAGGGGGGGCAGUGCAUACUGACGUGCUUCCUGGUAAACCCUGGUAAACCCUGGUAACCCUGCCCCUCGACCCAGACCGGCCACCCUCUCAUUUCUGCUGUCAGUGUGGAGUAUUAUUUAGAUUUAAAAAAAGAUCCACAUAAGACAUGAAGAGUUACAGAAGUAUUGGUACCCUAACCCUUUAAAUAUGGCUACUCUUCUGUAUAGGAUACGGGUUAUAUGAAGCCAGACUAUAUGAACAGUUGCCACAUUUAUAAAAAUAUCCCUAAAACAAUAUGUAUGUUGUAUGAUGAUUUUUCUCCUUGGAAUUGACAUUGAUGUUAAAAAUGUCAUCCCUGAGGUCUAUAGUAUAGGUACUGACUGGGUUUGCACAGUCUUUGUGAACAGUAAAUGAAACUUUGGAAAACAGCUUCUGUAAGGUUGUGGUUUGGCUGUACCAUAGAGAACGUGAGCCUCAACAAUAAUAAAAGACGUCACUGCCAAACA